GGGGAACGAAAUGAGGAAUAUGAGGUAGGAAAUGUCGCAGAUAUGAUGCAGGGCGUGAGCGUGUACUCGUUCAGGGAUGGCAUGGGCGCACUUGUCGGUGCUUUGAAGGCAGCGCUCGAGCGCGCGGAGAACGUCCAGAUCAUCCAGGACGCUAAAGUGUCGCAAGUGUCAAGCAACGACGGCGGGUUUAAGACACUCCCAUCAACCACCCGGCCGCCCCUGCCACAUCUCGCAUCCAAUCUCUCCUCAUCCGUCGCCGUCGUCAAUCUGGUUUUCGCUUCCCCUCCUGGUGCACCUGCUCUACAUCCGCCGGGAUUCGGCUUUCUCAUCCCGCGCCCGGCCGGCGGCGACUACCAUGCGCACGGGGACAACCCGAUGGGGAUCCUGGGCACCGUGUUCGACUCGUGUGCGGUGGGCGCGCAGGACGCGGGCGCGCCCAUCACGAAGAUGACCGUGAUGCUGGGCGGCCCGUAUGGCAUGCCGGACAGCGACGACCCCGCGUUCCUCGACAGGUUGCUGCGCGAGCUCGCACGACAGCUGGCGGGGCCGCCUUUGCCGCGGCCUCUCCUCGUGCGCGUGCAUCGCCAUACGGCGUGCAUUCCGACGCCGGCGGUGGGCCACGAGGCGCGCAUGGCUGAGCUCAGGGGAGCGGUGGGGAAGUACUGGGGCGCAUGUGCAGAGGUCGUGGGUGCGGAGGUGGGGGGCGUGAGUGUGGGCGCGUGCAUAGAGAUGGGCAGGAGUGUUGGCAGGGAGUGGUGAAUCAGACUACUUCGUGUAGUGGACUGUCCCUGCACUCUGUACGGAAUACAGACUGUCAAACUC